CCCCGCGGCCGCCGCCGCCAUGUUGGAUGGUGCGUGUGGGUGUCAAGCGCAGCCCGCGGCCGCCGGGCACCGGGACACCGGGACACCGCGCCCGCCCCGCGCCCGCAGGUCAUGAUUUUCAUUUUCUCGUGUCAUUCUCUUGAGGAGAGGAAAUGAUUGUAGUGGAACGUGUCACAAGCACGCCACUGCUCCGGAGCCUUUGCUGUUCAGAAACGUUCCUGGGAGAGCAAAUUUAGCCCUUUGCUGUUUGUGUUGUGGGAUCUGUCUUGGGAAAAAGGGAAAUAAAAAUGACGACUUCGUCUAUCCGACGGCAGAUGAAGAACAUUGUGAACAAUUACUCAGAGGCCGAAAUAAAAGUUCGGGAAGCGACCUCAAAUGACCCCUGGGGUCCUUCCAGUUCCUUGAUGACUGAAAUAGCAGAUCUGACCUACAAUGUUGUGGCCUUCUCUGAAAUUAUGAGCAUGAUCUGGAAACGACUCAAUGACCACGGCAAGAACUGGCGACACGUCUACAAGGCCCUGACUCUCUUAGAUUACCUGAUUAAAACUGGCUCUGAGAGGGUGGCCCAGCAGUGUAAAGAGAAUAUUUUUGCUAUCCAGACAUUGAAAGAUUUCCAGUACAUCGAUCGAGAUGGGAAGGACCAGGGCAUCAACGUGAGGGAGAAGUCCAAGCAGCUGGUGUCCCUUCUGAAGGACGACGAGCGCCUCAAGACAGAGAGGGCCCAAGCCCUGAAGACCAAAGAAAGGAUGGCUCAGGUGGCCACUGGGGUGGGCAGCAACCAGAUCACCUUUGGCCGAGGCUCCAGCCAGCCCAACCUGUCCACCAGCUACUCAGAGCAGGAGUAUGGGAAGUCUGGAGGGUCCCCAGCAUCCUACCAUGGCUCGACGUCCCCGCGGGUGUCCUCGGAGCUGGAGCAGGCGCGGCCGCAGACGAGCGGCGAGGAGGAGCUGCAGCUGCAGCUGGCGCUGGCCAUGAGCCGGGAGGUGGCGGAGCAGGAGGAGCGCCUCAGACGCGGGGACGAUCUGAGAUUACAGAUGGCUCUGGAGGAGAGUCGCAGAGACACAAUUAAAAUUCCCAAAAAGAAGGAGCACACCACCCUGCUGGACCUGAUGGAUGCCCUGCCCUCCUCGGCACCGGCCCCGGCCAAGAGCGAGCCCUGGGGCCCUCCUGCUGCUGCUGCUGCUGCUGCCAACCAGACAGAUCCCUGGGGAGGAUCCACAGCUGCAGCCCCUGCCUCCGACCCCUGGCAAUCAUUUGGUGCCAAACCAGCUGCUUCUGUUGACCCUUGGGCAGCACCAGCAGGAUCCACAGCUCAGCCUCUGGCCAAAAAUGUGGACCCUUGGGCUCCUGCUCAGCCAUCUUCUACUGCAGCAAAAUCUUCUGUGGAUCCCUGGGGAUCAGCACCUGCUAACAAACCUCUCUCUACUUCUGGAAGUACAUCUUUUGACCUCUUCAGUAAUUUGAAUGGUACAGUUAAAGAUGAUUUUUCUGAAUUUGACACACUUCGAACUUCCAAAAAGCCAGCUGAAUCAGGUUCCACUCUGCCCUCUCAGCACAGUGGCACCACGAGUCCUGAUCUCUUUGAGUCCCAGCACUCGAGUGGGACAUCGGGCAAGCAGAGCACGGCCCGGAAAACCCCGGAGUCCUUCCUGGGCCCCAACGCUGCCCUGGUCAACCUGGACUCCCUGGUGUCCAAGCCACCACAACCUGUUACUUCUCUGAACCCAUUCUUGGCACCAGGCGCCGCCACGGCAGCGACUCCAAUCAACCCCUUCCAGGUGAACCAGCCUCAGCCUCUGACCCUGAACCAGAUGCGAGCGAGCCCCGUGAUGGGCAGCAGCCCCUCGUUCAGCACCGUGCCCCCUCUGAGCAUGGAGCCAAUACCUCUGUCUUCCAUGGCCCCCGUGCCCGUGGGCAUGGCGCCGCUGCCGGCCAUGGGCACCAUGCGCAUGGGCCAGGGGCUGAGCAUUGCAGGAUCAAUGCCCCAAGCUCUGCACAGUACAGGAAUGCCGCCAGCAGCCUCCCAGGCUGCAAAUACAACUAACCCUUUCCUCCUAUAAAGACCCAAUUAAAGGAACUUUUCUUUUCUUAGUGUUUCCAGGCUGAAGUCUUUCCAGCGAAACGCACGUGGCCUGUGUGGACUGAACGGUGUGUGAGAGACUUGGAAGUAGAUUUGCAGUUUACAGUUAUGAUCUUUGAAGAGUUGUCUCUACUUACCAGUUAAUCUAAAUCUAGUCUUUGCUACAGAUGGUACCUUACUUUGGCUUGUUGAGCAUCAUGUGAAAUGUUCAGACUUUUCACCAAAGUUAGAUUCUGCCCAUUUUUGUUACUUUGUUAAUCAUUUCAAACACACUUUCUAGGGAGAGAGAGAACCUGCCACUGGAAAACUCCCUUGGCUGUUUUGUAGAUGUCAGAUCAUGUGCUGGAUUCCUGAAGUUACUCUUGCCCUGCAUCUGUCACUUCCUCUGCCCGUAAGAUAGACCUGAGAUUCCGAGUGCUAGUGAAUGUUUUGCACAUAACUACACACAGUUCUAGACUGUUGGUUCACCCAUAGUCCUUACUCUUAGAAGAGACCGACCCGGAGGGCCCAGGGGGGCUUGGUUUUUAUGCAUUAAACAUUGCAAACUCGCACUGCUUUGGUAUCUCUGAGGUGUGACUGACAACAGCAAGCUUGUCUCGAAAGGAAAAUAACACAAAACCCCAGACAAAACACCCAAGACCAUGCUCGAGUUGUGCUGUCGUGUGCAGUGUUGAAUUCCUACACUACUCUAAGGACUCCUGGAACUCUCUGUGAGUGGCUGCACUCGUGCUGAGUGAGUGUCCUGCUCUGUGCUUGUCCAGUACCGGCUUCGUUUGGAAGUUUUUUCAUGUGUAUUUUGUUUUUAUUUGACUUACAAUGUGAGUUGAAAGAAAAAAAAAAUGGAAAAAACAAAGAAAAGCAAAAGAAACAAAAAAAGGAGAUACAGUGGGACAACUUUGAAUUCAGUUUCACCGGGGCAAGCUUUAAAACUAAUUCAGGCUUAACCUUGCUAUAUGCAGUUACUCUUGUAUACUUUUGCACAUAUUUUGUUUAGUACAGUUUCAUAUUUUGAGUUUGCAGAGUUACCUAAUAGUCCUUUUUUUGCUAAUUUUUAUAAUGUGGUUCUUAUUUAACUGUCUGGUUUUGAUAGAUUUAUCAAGUCUGGCUGAAAAAUUAAGAUAUUGGCAAAUGUCAUUUUUAUGGUUUUAAUGCCCUCUUAUUUAUGGUUUUCGCUCUUUGUUUCUGUAAAGAGAGUUUAAAAGGGAAGAUUAACACUAAAAUAUUUACUUUUAAAUGAAGUAUUCAUAAUGCAAAUCAAAAAACAAAUCCUCUUGACUAAUUAUUUUUAGAUGAAUUGAAUUUGAGCAUAACAUGAUUUAAGACUACAUUAAAAAGAAAAAACACUAAA